AUGGCAGUCUUGGACAAGUUUAACGCCGUCAUAGGGCGCAAGGCCAACAACGAGGCCGCCGAGGACCCCGUCACAGUCGCCAAUGCGACCGCCGACGAAAAGGCCCACGACGGCAUCCCUCCCGAGGAUGUCGACCUCAGCGAUGCUCCCACUGAGAAUGCCCAGCACGGUGUGAGGGCCGCCGAGGCCAUCACCCUCACCUGGACCAAGUGGUCGCUGGUUGCCGUCUUCAUCAACAUGUGGUUCAUCUACCUCGUCAACGGUUUCCAGUCCAAGGUUCUCGACACCUUGACUCCCUACGCCUCCAGCGAGUGGGAGUCUCACUCCAUCAUGCCCGUCAUCAGCACCGUCGCCUACAUCAUGACUGCUGCCGUCUACAUCCCCCUGUCCAAGAUUCUCGACAUCUGGGGCCGAGCUGAGGGUUUCCUCCUCAUGGUCGUCUUUGCCACCAUUGGUAUGGCCAUGAUGGCUGCCAGCCGCAACUUUGCCACUUACUGCGCUGCCACUGUCUUCUGGCAGGUUGGCUGGUCCGGCCUCACCUACAGUAUCGAUGUCAUCACGGCCGAUUCCACUCAGCUCAAGAACCGAGGUCUCGCCUACGCCUUCACCUCCUCCCCUUACAUGGUGACUGCUUUCGCCGCUCCCAAGUCGGCCGAGAAGUUCCUUGAGAACGUCGACUGGCGAUGGGGUUUUGGCUGCUUCUCCAUCGUCCUCCCCGUCGUCGCCGCUCCCAUGUACUGCAUCCUCAAGUGGCACCUCCACAAGGCCAAGAAGGCUGGUCUCCUCGUCCGUGAGGACAGCGGCCGUACCUGGCCCGAGGCCAUCGUCUGGGGUGUCAUGGAGUUUGACGCUCCCGGUGCCCUGCUGUUCGCCGCUGGUGCUGUCAUCUUCCUGCUCCCCUUCUCCAUUGCCAGCAUGGCUCCCCAGGGUUGGGAUACCCCUUAUAUCAUCGCCAUGAUCAUCACUGGCUUCGUCGUCCUCGUCAUCUUCGGUCUCUACGAGCGCUUCGUGGCCCCCAAGCCCUUCUUCAAGUACCAGUUCCUCACUGACCGAACCGUCGUCGGUGUCUGUUGGUUGGAUCUCAUCUACAUGAUCGGCUACUACUGCUGGGCCAGUUACUUCAACUCGUUCCUCCAGGUCGUCAACAACCUGGGCCCCGCCGAGGCCGGUUAUGUUGCCAACACUUUCGAUAUCGUCUCUGGCUUCCUCCUGUUCAUCGUCGGUUGGGGUAUUCGCAAGACUGGUCGCUUCAAGUGGCUCCUUUGCGUCGGUAUCCCUCUGUACAUCUUCUCCCAAGGCCUGAUGAUCCACUUCCGUCGUCCUGGUCAGUCCAUCGGUUACCUCAUCAUGUGCGAGGUCUUCAUCUCCAUUGCUGGAUCCGUCUUCAUUCUGUGCAUGCAGAUUGGUAUCCUCGCCGCUGUUGACCACCAGCACGUUGCCACUGCCCUCGCCGUCCUGAGCGUCACUGGUAACAUUGGCGGUGCCCUCGGAAGCACCAUCUCUGCCACCAUCUGGACCAACACCUUCUACAACAAGCUUCUCCAGUGGCUUCCCGAGAGCGCCCUCCCCGAGGCCGAGAACAUUGCUGGCGUCAUCGAUUACCAGCUUGCCUACCCCAUGGGCUCUCCCGAACGCCUGGCUAUCCAGCGCGCCUACGGCUUCGGCCAGGCUAGAAUGCUUGCUGCCGGAACCAGCAUCAUGGUCCUUGCCUUUGCUACCAUCUUCCUGGUCAGGAACUACGACCUCCGGAAGCUUCGCCAGACCAAGGGUAUGAUCUUCUAA